AUGGCGCCGGCACAGUCCCUGGGCGGCUCUUUCCCGCGGGCAACCUCGUCCCCAGCCCCUAACGUGAGCCGCGACUCAGGACUGAUGAUUGAGGACUCCCCAGCCCGGGGCCUCCGGCACCCUUCUGGAAGGUCCUGCCCAGCCCGGAGGGUCCAAGGGAGGUUCGUGGGAGUCGGAGCCCACCCGCGGAUGCCCACACGGAGCCUUACGGGCCUGCGAGGUUGCACGAGUCCGGCUCACGACUGGCGCAUUGCCGAGACCCUCGAGGGCUCCUGGGUGCAGAGGCCUUGGAAGCGUGGGAGCCUGGCCCUGAGCAGGGCCCUCAGCUUCUCUGUGUGGCCAAACGUGUCCCGUCUGGCCCUGACUCCUGUCCCUGCUGCGGAGGCUCCAGCAGGAGGUGCUGUGGGAAGCCCCCACGUGCUCAGAAACCGCGGGUCCCCUGUGGAGGUGGUGGGGGCCGAUGAGCUGGCUCUGGCCAGAGGAGUCCUCAGCUCCCAGCUAGCGGAACAGAAAGGGCCCUCGGAGCUUGGCCGGCAGAGGCUGGUCCUGAGAGAGGCUUGUACGCAGCCCAGUGGAGCCAACCCUGGGGACAGCAAGAUGACCUCAGAGCACAGGGAUGUCCUCGUGCUGCUGCCCGCCCAGAAGCAGUUGCGACUGGCAGUAGGGGUGAGGGCCACGGCGCGGGAGCUGUUCCAGCAGGUGUGCAGCGUGCUGGGCCUCCGGGAGGCCCGCUUCUUUGGCCUCAGCGUGGUCAGAGACAGUGAGCACGUAUUCAUGGACUUGGAGCUGAGGCUCAGCAAGUACUUCUCAGAGGACUGGAAGAGAGGGCCGCGAGGAGGCUGGAGGCCCCGGGCGCCCUUCGUCACCUCCCUCAGAGUGCAGUACUACGUGGAGAACGGGAGGGUCAUGAGUGACCAGGUGGCCCGGCACCUGUACUACUGCAGCCUGAAGGAGCGGGUGCUGCGGUCCCAGUGCACGCACAGGGAGGAGGCCUACUUCCUGCUGGCCGCCCUCGCGCUGCAGGCCGACCUGGGCAGCCACCGCAAGCCGCCGCACGUGGGGCGGUACUUCGAGCCACAGGCCUAUUUCCCACAGUGGGUCAUUGCCAAGAGGGGUGUCGACUAUAUCCUCCGGCACGUGCCCACCGUGCACCGCGAGCAGCAGGAGCUGAGCCCCCAGGCAGCUGUGCUGAGGUUCAUCAGGGACGCCUGUCAGCUCGAGGACGUGCCUGUCCACUUCUUCAGGCUGUACAAGGAUAAGAAGCGUGAGCACCCCACCUUCCUUCUGGGACUCACCCUCAAGGGAAUGCAUAUCUAUCAGGGAAAGAAGCUGGAGAUCCAGCCGGCUGGGCUGCCCCCAUCCCGGAAGCUGGUUUUCUGCACGGGUUCUCCCUGGCGCUCCCGGCACCUGCUCUGGCUGCUCCGCUCCAGCCACCAGUUCUACCUCGGUGUGAAGCCCCUGCUGCAGCGGCUGCAGCUGCUGGAUGAGGCUCAAGAGAAGAAGCGCUACCAGGAGGCCUACAUCAGCGACCCGCUGGACUUGGACCCAGAGCUGGCCAGCAGGCACAGGAGGGACACUGGCCCGCACCACCACCGCCGCCUCUCGCUCAGCUCUGCUGACAGCCACGGCAGCGGCCACACACUGGGCACAGAGGCCGACUCUCAGCCUGCGGAAUCUGGGGAGGUGUCUGUGGAUGAGCCCGUAGCUGCUGAGGGCCUCUGCAGGAAGAUGCCGUCCAUCAGCUUCAGGGACAGCGGGGGCAGCAAAGCCUCCUGCUCGGGGCCCUUCACGGUGGAGCAGGUCCCGCUGGCCAGGACCAGAGGCCAGAGCGCCGAGGUCCUACACAAGGUCCGGGAGGCGGAGCCCAGCGGCCGGGAGGCCCUGCACAGCCGCAGCCUGGACCACACGCAUCAGCUGCAGCCAGCCCCUCGCCCUGCACCUGCCUCUCAUACCUGUGCCUUCAGCUGCGCCCUGGCAGGGCUGCUGGUGCCCCAGGAGGCCAGGGCUGCCCUCGGUGGCAAGAGGUCCAUGAACUGUCUCUCCCUGGACCUGCUCAGGGAGGGCGCGUCCUUGCAGGAGUUUGUGGUGUAG